AUGGCGACCGCAGCCAAUGGGCGGACUCACACCAGAAUUACAGGUACUGCAGACUAUGACGAUCCGGUCUUCUGGGAUAACAAGUUCUCUAGUGGUCGUGAUGUCGGCGAAUGGCUGAACUCGGGCGAACCGCUCAUCGACGCGGUGCUGUCGCAUCUGGAGCGCCGCCCCGCGCUCGAUGAGCCUGCCCCCCGUGCGCUGCACCUCGGACCAGGCAUCUCAAAACUGGGAUCAAAAUUGUGCGAUGAAUUCAUCAAACGUGGCUGGUCUGGUAGCCAAAUACUGAACGUCGAUUUCUCCUCCGAAGCCGUCCGUAUCGGUCGCGACACAGAAGCAACUAAGGAAAAGUCUCAGGCGAUGCACUGGCUGCAGGUCAACCUUCGAUCGUGGGAUGAUGUCUCCAAGACCCUUCCAUACGGGCCGUUCGAUGUGAUGCUAGACAAGAGCACCAGUGAUGCGAUCGCGACGUCCGAACCUUUGACGUUUCCUCCUGCUUCUGAGGCAUCGAACAUAUGUCCCACGAUUCAGCAACUUGUGAAGGAACAAGGAGAGAUAACACUGUCGCCGGUGGAGGUCUUGGCUUUGCAUCUCAUACCUCUGACGCGGAAAGGCGCGAUCUGGGCCACACUGUCGUAUUCUACCGCGCGUUUCGAUAAUUUGCCUUACUUGGCUCAGUACUGGAGUCUGGUAUCUCGAAAGCCCCUGAAGGCCCCGAAAGGCGAGACCUCAUCCUUUGCUCAUACCCCGGACGUCUUUCAUUGGCUUUAUAUACUGGAACGAAUAUGA